AAUGAAUCCCAGGUAAUGGUUGUGUGUGCUGAUUUGUUUGUUGGUGAGUAGCGUUAAGUGUUUGUUGGUAAAUUGUGUUAGUGAGAUUGAAGCGGAAUUCCGUUGCCUGGUUACCAUGGAAUCGCCUAUUACAGCAGGGUUCUCUUUCGAAGGAGCGUCCAGAAGAGCUAAACUAAGUGACAAGAGGUCCUUGCUCAGUAUUCACAACAUACCUCUUCCAGCCCUUGCUAUAACACUUGCUUUCUUCGCUGCUAUCAUUCUUUUUAACAUAUAACUGGGAUCAGCAAGUUUGUCUGAUAUAAUUUGAACAAUCUGACCCUCCCAGAUGAACUUUAAAUUGAAACAUUGAAUCUAAUCUGUUUUUAGAAUCGAACUUUUCGUAUACUUAACUUAAUUAGUUGUUUGGGGAUAUUCAAAUGUUCAUCAUUGUCAUAUAAUAAAUCUUUAAAAACUAUGUCCGCUUACGAUAACCGGUGUACCCAUUAUAGUAGACUAACCUCAACCCACGAACAAAGUUCCUGUUUAUUUCCCACUGUUAAUUGGUCUAAUCACUGUAAUGAUGGUGUUAAUUGUUAAUUAACACACACAGAAUCGGAACUAAAGACGUCGUGCCGGCACACAAGUCGUAUUUUUUUCCUUGGCCGGCUAGACUGGGUACACCAGGAUAUUAAACUGCUAACCAAUACCAAUUAGACAAUUAUUACAAUGUUCAUUAUUAUAAUGAAUACCAAUGUUUUUGUUUGUCUCGAGUGUUUUUGAAUCUGUUGGAGAAGAAGCGCCGUGAGCGGGUUUCUACCAAUGGCGGGAGGUUACUGGUGGGUCAUAGGGGUCAUCCUGAUCAUCUACAUCGCGAACAAGGUUACCAUGAUGAUCAGGAGGUACCGGGCCAUGCCUGAUGUAGGGGAAGACCGGAUUAAGGCAGACAAGGAACUCAAGAAGAGAAUCAAGAACAUGACCUAUAGUUCGUGUUGUUAGUCAUUGUUUGCUUUUCAGGACUAUUCAAAUGUGUUCGAGCUUUCUUUAGCAGCUAACCAGUGACCAUGCUUUAUGAACAUUCCUGGACUCUGUGAGACUUAUUAAAACAAAGUAUUUUGUCGUGAUCUAACUUUUCUUCCUAUUAAUAUUUGGGGAUAUUCAAAUAUUUAGCAUUGACAGAUGAUGAAUAACAUGAUUAUAUAUAUUUAUACUUCUCAAGAUGAUAAAUCUUUAAAAAUUAUGUCUGUUUUUAUACGAUUAUAUAUAUGUUAUAGCCGAUGUACCAAUUACUGCAGACUAAUUUUAAGCAAUGACCCAUGUUUCUGUUUAGUCACCUCCAACAAUUGGCCUAAUUACUGUAAGGAUGAUGUUAACAGUUAAUGAAGAUAACCAGGGCGGGUACUAAAGCCGUCUUGCUGUGUCCUUGUUCUGAGGCUACACCAGGAUAUACACUACUCAACAGUUAACCAUUAUCAAUUAGACAGUACUCAUUAGACUGGCGACCUCAGCAAAAGUACCUUUGAAUCCGUACCAAAGAAGCAAACCGAGCGGAGUUCUCCAAAUGGCAGGCAGGUGUUCAUACCACGUGUUUCUGACCACGUGGUUCAGUUGUGUAAUCUCCGGCCGGUUAAAGCUGGUAAUAGCUCAUUAUACACACAAGCAGUAGCAGUGGGUUUGAUCUGUACACUCUGACCGUUGUGAUCUUGUUUUAACGUUAUGCUCUGAAGCGGGGGAGGUUGUGUCUGGGCAGUGUUUAUUAAUGCCACAAGCAGGGUUACUCUCGUUUGUUUUGUUCCAUUUGUUAGUGUCAGUACCAGGAGAACCACAACACGAGGGCAAAAAGGUGGACAACAAGUUCCACGAGGGAGGAGAUGAAGCAGACCCUCAUGAAGUAGACUGGGCUGAUAAGAAGGCGACCAGUAACCACCUGGUUCAUAGCAAUAAAUGGGGCAGAGACCCUGAGUUGUGUGAAGAGUUUUUCCUGAACGGAGCUCCGGGCCAGUGCCAGGAGCAAGACACGUGUUGUGGCCUGCUCAACUACACUCAGACUGCCUUCACUGUUCAGAUAUACUGCUGUCACGACAAUGAGAAGUGCUGCCAAGGACUGUGCUGUGAUGAGAACACAGUUUGCUGUAGAGACAGAGUAGAUAAAGAGAAGAGAAGCUCGGGGUACGGACAGUGCUGCAACAAGGCCAGGGGAUGCUGUACGGAUAUAAGAGGUAAUGUAGUUUGCUGCGGGACCAUGUUAGGACGGUACUGGUGGGUUAUAGCGGUCAUCCUGACCAUCUACAUCGCCAGCAAGGUUACCAUGAUGAUCAGGAGGUACCGGGCCAUGCCUGAUAUAGGAGAAGAUCGGAUUAAGGCAGACAAGCAACUCAAUGUACGAAUCAAAAGUAUGACCUAUUGCUGCUAGCACUCGUCCGGAUUAAAGGACUAUUCACCCUCUUCAACUGUGUUGGAACUUUGACCCAGAAAUAAGAAAAAAGGAGUGGCUCUGCAAAUUGAUGAUGAUGAAAUAGUGAACAUGAUAUGAAUUGUGGAGUCAUGGAGUGGUGUGUUUUAACGAUUUUGUAAGGUCUUGUGUAAUAUGUAUACUGUUUGUGAUACUUUUUAUUUGAGCCUGCAGUUAUCACAGUAGACUCAGAGACUGAAGCAUUGAGCCCAAGGUUAUCACAGUAGAGACUGAAGCAUUGAUCAGAAGGAGUUGAAAAUAUUAACAGAUUUACAUGGUCUCCAAAACCAGAUACAAAUUUUCUCCUUAGCGUAAACAAAAUGGUUUAGUUCUUAAGUUCACAGUAACAAUUUUAACUCAGUUCUUUGGAGUCAAGGCUCUUCAGAAGCCGGAAGAGUCCGGUAGCUUCACGGAUUCGGCUGUGGUCGAUACAAAAUGCCUGAAAACAUCUUUAUAAGCUGUACUAGUAAUGAUUUAAUAUCUUGAGAUAAUUUUGUUUAGCAGUAUUCUGCAAAAUGCUAAGAAUUUAAUACUGUAAAAUUGCUUAUUUUACGUUCGUUCCAAUAAAAUGAUACUACUAUUAUGAUAUUAUAUCAGUAGAAACUACAAA